AUGGAUGGCGACGGAUCUACCACAGAUGACGAUUCAACAGAAGAUGAAGAAGACUCAAAAACAGCUGAUACUGAAUCAGGAAAAAGUGUAAACAACCCCAACGCUCAAACAAGAGGGUUAGUUAGAGGUUUUAAAAAAACUAUUUUUUUAAGUAAACUUUCCAACUUAAAAAUUAAUAAGAUCGAUAAUUAGAACUGAAGUUACAUUUGUAAAGUUCGUCAAUUCUCAUUAUUUGUCACAUCAGUCAGAUCGAUGUUAAGAUUGAUGAGAGGAAUGACAAUGGCGCAAACUGCUCAGCCUUGAAUGAUGAAGGGUUAUCGACAGCUACAUCAGGUUUGAAAUUUCUUCGAUUUAAUUGUAUGAGGUAAUUUUUGUCGUUUGUUUUUCAGUCAUUAUAUACAUUUCUAAAACUAGCCUCUUGUGGCUCUCUAAUAUUACAUGCCUUGACCUUGAUGACUUUGUAAGAAAAGUAACAACAGUCAGAGAGAGUGAUAGCUUAUGGGAAGUAAGCAUUGAUGAUAGGUAGUCACAUACUGAGGGCCCAUAUUUGACUUAUUAGUUUUUUCCAAGGAUUCUAGAGGCUGAAACUGUUUGUUUGAUCAUUGGAACAAUGCAUCUACAGAGUAUUUUGGUCAAGGUUAAAAGAAAGCUUGUGGAAUCAUUGACUAUUACAGCACACAAUAAGGUUCUCACAGAGAUCUUAAGGUCCACUGCUUACUAUGCACAUUUCCACCCUGCCUCCUGCCUCCUGUUACCAUUGAAAAAUGACCCAUGUUUGGUAAGAUUGGAUGUGAGCUAGAUGAACAGGGUGGUCAAGUUUCAGUACACUAAUAAACUUUCUGAGUACAAUGAGAAAAAAUAAGAAAACCAAAAUUAUCCCAAACCUCUAUUGUUUAGUUUUUGUUCCUUGAAAUAUCUUUUUCGUUGGAAAUGUUUUGAGGUGAGUCAUGGUACUUAGUGAAAAACAAUACUCAAGAAAAGAUGAGUUUUAAGAAUGAGGAAUCAAACCUCAGACCUUUGGAUUCCAUCCUCUAAUGCUCUACCGCUGAGCCACAGAGACUCUACAGUGAGCGAGGUCUUUUACAAAGUUCGUAUGACAUGCAUCCUGCAUACUUCUAGGAUCAGCAAUGUUGAUAGCGUAAUGUUUGUAGAUAGAAAUAGUAGAGAUGGUAAGUUUUGGGCUUGGAAAAGAAAUAAGAAAGAUGUUUUUUGCCUUGUCACACACAUGGGACGAAGAAAAAAUUCUUUGUCCCCAUGAGGAAUCAAACCUCAGACCUUUGGAUUCCGUGCUCCAAUGCUCUACCACUGAGCAACAGACUCUACGGUCAGUGAGGUCUAUUACAAAGUUCAUAUGAUACAUGUCCUGCACAAUAUUUCACAUAGAAAGUCAGUAUUUGUACAUAAAGUAAGCCUUAUUUUUGUGUACUAGGGACAGUUUGUUGGGCUUUAUUUUAGAACAUAUUGCAACUACAAGUAGGCCAUUGAUUUUGAAGUCUUUAUUAACCUAUCAAUUAGUCAUUGAAUCAAAGACCAUUUCUUCUGAGUCAUUCACCUGCCAAAGGGGGCUCAUUACCUUUAAACACCUCCAUAUUAAAACAUGAAACAGUUGUAUUCUGCCGGAAAGACUUGAUGCUUCUGCUUCAAGUCCCUCAUCCUACUCCUUCAAGGUUCAAAUUCCUGUCCCCUGGGCAUGGCUGACAGUCAUAUGCCCAUGUGUAACCCAGGGGGAGGGGGAAUGUUUAAGCUUUGAAUUGAUUGGCACAAUAUUAGUGAGAAAGUUAAAAACAUCUCGUAAGAACACCAAACCAUGCAAUUGAUUGCAUUUCCCACUGUUUUGUUGUCCUCUGGGAACUGAUAUUUUAUCUAUUGCAAAAGAAAAUUGUGGAAAAGUCAUUGUUAGGUAUGAUCAUAUGGCUAGCUACAACUGUACAAGUGCACAUGGGCAAUGAAAAAUUUUUUAAUCAUUUCACAGAAGCUUAUAUUAUUAUUAACUCUGUGAAUUUUUUAAUUAAAAUUUUUUUUUUAACCUUCAAAGUGAAUUCUAAACACUGUCCUAAAUUGUAUUGUGAAAGAAAAUUUUUAUAAAUGUGUAAAAUUAACUGCCCCUUUUCUAGAUUUUAAGUCCUUUACAACAGAGGACACUACAUUCUUUACUCACCUGAAAGGAAAUGAAGCUGAAGAAACCAUGAGGUUGGUAUUGGGUAAUUUCUAAGAAAAUAAUAUUGUAAUACAUGUACCUCUAAGCUCAACCUUUUUUCAAAGUCACUACAUAAGUAUUUGGCAACCUAAGGUCAUAUAACUGUUGCCAGAAGUAAAGUGACACAGUUUAAGUGAGACCUGACCUUAACAUGCUGAAACCAAUAAAAGAGGCUUAUCUUUACAUGAAAAAGCAAUGAAACAUUAAUGAGGGAGUGAAUAGGAGUAAGCAAAUGUGCAGAUUGGCUGUGAUUUGAAGCUGUUUGCAACUGACACGGGGAUUUGUAAAAAAGGUACAUGUUCCUUGAGCUUUGUGUGUUAGCUAAACAAUUUUUGAAAAAUUGUCCACACCCUUUUUAAAGGACCUUCUACCAACUGUAGGGAGACUUUUUUUAUCUCUUUUAUUUUACAUUUUUAAACAAUUUUUUAAACAUUUUUUUUUUAAAGAAAAUUUUAAACUCUAUUAGUGAGCAGCACUUUGCAAUCAGUUACAAAAACUGUCUCUAGAGUGCACUUCAUUGGUUUAGUUUUAAAUCUUCAAUAAAACAUUUCUGAUUAUUGCUGAGCUUUAUCACAAGCAAAAUACAAGAUGCUGGUCCAAAUCAUUGAUGAAAAUUGCAAACUGCUGCAAUAGCAGGAUCUGCAAAUUCUGUCAGAAUCCUGGCAAAAAUACUGUCAGAAUCCCCUGAUCCGUUUGCUUACUCACCCCCCUCUUAAAGAUAAAAUUAACAGAUAAAGCCUUAAUCUGAAAAAAAAAUUAAAUACUGUAAGGACCCCUGAACAAUGAAGUGCCUGUAUGAAACAGUGUUUCAUUACAUCAACUUUUAAAUGAAUGCAGAGGGCACCUACAGAUUAAUUAAAAAAUUGUUCUGUGUUUUACAAUUCUUACUUAGAUUUAAGUAUGGCAACUAUGAAGCAGUUACCAAAAGUCCUCAACAGGAAAAGGCAGAUUUGAGAUCAAAAGGAGGUAUUAGCAGUCUUCAGUAGUUAGGCAACUUAUGUUUACAUCAGUGCUCUUUUUAGAGGGUGUCAUAUUUCUACUUCACCCUUGAAUCAAAAGAGAGUUGUAGAGCACAUUUUCUAUUAGAGUUUAGUAGAAUUGAAAUUGUCAAUCUCAUGUUUGACCUGCAAGCACAAAUUUUAGUCUUGAUUGAUGUAACUUGUACAUCUACAGACCAGAACUGGGAGAGGUGAUAAAAGUGAGUUAGAAAUGUUGGGAAUAUUUACAAGUGAUUGAUAGCAUAUUUGAAAUAAGCUUGAUUGUAGAUGUACAGUACUUGAAUGUAGAUGGUCAUUAUUGACCAAUUAAAGAGAAAGGUGUUUAAAUAUCCAUUUCCUUUUAAUGUUUUAAACCAUUUUACCAAAUAGAUCAUAUGCAAUCAAAGACAAGGAGCAGAGGGAAAGGUAUUGAUUUUACAAUAUGUGUAUUGUAUUGUUACAAUUAUAUUUUCCAGCUUGGAAGAAUAUCCAUGUCCUCUUCAAGGAAUUGCCAGAGACAAUCGUCUUAAACAAUUGUUUCUGAGAAUUCUAAUAAAAUUUUUUGAUCUCUUGAACACUUCACGGUAGCAAUUUUUAAAAUAUUGCUCUCCUCACUUUAUUUUCACUACAUGGUCAGAACUUUCUUAACCAACUUGUUUCAUCAUGUGUUCAAUUAUUCCUAAAGAAAUCAAUUCAUUUUACACUAGAGUCAGUUUAUUUCAAGAUUUGAAAUAAAGAAAGAAAGAAACAAGACUAAUUGUAAGGAUAAUGAGACAGGUUUCAAAUGGUUGAUAGACAAAUGUUGAUAUCUGUACCGCAUGAGAACAUUUGUAAGAAUCACCAAAUUUUACGGAGGAUCAUGUCCUUUGGGACACCUCCAUUCAUGGGACACAAACAAGGGUCCAAAAAAGUGUUCAUAUAAACUUUUUGUUUCUUACUUAUGACAAAUUACAGACACCUCUAUUCAGAGGAAAGGGACACUUUUUGUGGGUUUCAAAGUCUGGUGUUGACCUCCAUACAGGAGACAACUGAGCCAGUCACUCAUGUCUACAAGGCAGCUAAAAUUGCUAUUGUUCCUUGGUAUCUUUGUAGAGAUGGAAAUAAUCUCUCUAUUAAAAUAGAAGAUUUGAAACAGUAAAAUAUGAUUUAAUUAGUUGUUCCAGUUACCAAGAUGUACUCAGCAAACUCUAUUAUGUGACUGUGUAUAGCACCAACAAAAAAUCAAUGUAUACACAAGAUUGCAGACAUUUCUGUUAAUCAUAUUUAUUUCAUACAUCAUAUGGCUGCUUGAAUUGACAUCUAUAGGAGUUUCCAAGCCAAAAUAAUAAUGGGUUGGGGUUUUUUAGUUAAUCAUGAACAAAAGACCAAGUUAGUCUCCAUAUUCAGUGGCCACUUUCUCUGGUCCUUGAGGUGUCCCCUCAGUGAGGGUUUUACUUUAUUUAGUACCUUUUGGGAACCAAGUCAAUCACUCACCUUUGAGUUAAAGUUUUAAGAGCAUUGAAGCCCUUCGGUUUUACUCAUUAUAAAUUAUUCAUUAAUUCAAUAUAUUUUUAACAGGGAAAUUAAAUGUUUCUGUCCAGUCUAACAACAAAUCACAUGGUAGGAGGACUUCAGUAAACAAGAAAAACAGUUCCUCUGUCAUUCAGAAUGUAGAGGAGGAAUGCAAAAUAAUAAAACACAGCAGAAAUUCUGCUAAAUCACCAAGCUCAACAGCAAAUCCAGGAAAUACAAGUUUUGAGAAGGCUAAAUUGAAAAUCAGUGAGAGAAAUGAGUCAUAUGUGGAUAAUGAAAUGCUAGCAGAUGGUAAGCUAUUCAGAAAAAAAACAACUGGAUUGGCUCAUUGUUUAUCUUUAUGUUUAGUGUUUGUUGUGUUUAUCCUUAUCUUUGGUGAUAAACUCAUCCUUCAUGGACAAUGCAUCUAACAUAAAAUCUACAUUAGUCAUGUAGGAAGAGAAUGAAAUGCCUUCAUUGAUAAACCUACCACACCCCUCCCAUUCCUCUGAAUUUAACAAUAAUGAGGAGAAAGUUUCAAUCUCAGUCUUAAGUCACCUUCUCAGCUAUCAUUGUUGUUCUAUUCAAUGAAAUUAUCAGUACCUUCAUGCCUGGUUUGAGUGCUAUAUUUUGGUGGUGCACAGGCAGCCCAAGCUCCAGCUGUGAGAUGAUAGUCAUGCAGAAUAAGAGUCAUGGCCAAAAUAUGAGUUUGUAUGGGAAUAUUUACAACUGCUCAUAGGAGUAAAACUUGAAAAUACAGUCAAUCUUUCAAUGAAAAUACCUCACCUUACUUUCAUAGUGCACAGCUUGUUUUCUGACCACUUACUUUGAAAGAAAGACUUUCUCUUAGGAGUAGUAAACCUAGAAAUGGAUAACUAGCUAAAAUUGCUUAUUUUCAACAUAGUAAGCGGCCAGACAACAAGAAAUGCUCUGUGGAGGUAAGGUUAGGUAUUUUUAUUUCCUAUGAGUAGUUGUGAAUAAUCCCUUACAGACUCUUAUAUUUUGUAGCAAGGCCCAUGGGAAGUAUGAAGUAAAUGCUGUGUUUUGAUUGGUAGGCAAGAUGGGCCCAUCUUCUCCACUUGGUAUUGCCUGCUCUGAUCCAUUGCAAAAAAAAAAAAAAGGGCAUGGAGGGGACUUGAAAGUUCAUAACUGUCAGACUAUGUCAGCGAUGAAGUCACAAAAAGUGGCAGAAGACAGUCAAAACAAAGAAAACAUGAACAAGGUUCUUGGGUUUAUUGUGCUACAAACACAGUUGUCUUUCUUUCCUGGCUCUCAAUUCAUUUAAACAAGUCAUUCUUGAUUUUUACUAAAGCAAAAUCUUUUUGCAAUAUGAAAAAUCCUUUAUUGUCCAAGCUUGUUGGUUUAAGAUGGCUGGAUAUUAGCCUUGUUCUCUUUUGGCCUUUUUAUGGACGUUGACUUCAUCUUGGUACAUAGAAAUGUAAGGAAAAGAACUUGGCCAAUAUCAAGUCAUCUUGACCUCCCACUUGGUCAAUAAUGCAUACAUGUAUGCAAUGCUUACUGAUGUUCAGGAAUAUUCAACAAUUAUUGUACUUGUAUUUUCAUGUUAUUAUAACAGGUUUUGAUGAUCAAGACAUGAUAAGACCAUCUUUCACAGAGCCAGCCUUGGGUCCUUCAGUACCUUUUAUUUUGUCCAAACCUGGAGUUGUUCCAGUGAUUCAGGUUAGCAUCAUCAUGAGAAAAUAUUAUAUACAAUAAAGUCAGAUCCCAAAAUCCAUUUGUUAAAUACUGAAAGUACUGCACCAUCCAUGGGCAAUUCCUUUCCAAAAUAAUCACCCUCUCAAUUCCUUCAGACUGUACCUCUCUUCCCUAGAUGUACCUCAUUCUAAGGGUGAGCACUACUUUACUAUUACUUGGAACCCACAAAGGUUUGCUUUUGACCUUUUAAGGAGUUUUUGUUUUCUUACUUUACUCCCCUUAGUUUUGUUGAGUUUUACUAAGGUAUUUAAAUAUUUUAUUAUUGUUUUUUGGAGUUAAGUGGACAUUUGUUUAUAAUACUUGUCUGUCUGUUGCCAGGAUGGUGUUCAUUUCAAUAUUCUUCCACUAGGCAGGGAAUACUUAAGAUUUCUUUUUAAUGAUAUUAAACCAUCCGUUGGUUGUGGUAAGAGAAACGAGUGAAGGACAAAUAUGGAAGUAAUUAGUAAUUUGGCUGAGCAUGUGGGGCCAGGUUGAUUUAAAUUCAGACUACAAACCUCACAUACAUACCCUUGAAUUAUACACACUCCAUCUUAAGUCUUAAUAUGCUGGUCAUAACUUAAAAUUUGGUGAAAUUACAAAACUGCUACAAAUUACCUUUUUAUUUAUGCUAACAGAAGCUUGGUUUUUUUCUACCAAAAAAGUUUGCUCCACUUCCCUCUCUUUCUAAAUCAACAGUAUUCAUGAUUUUUAAGAGCUAAGGGAAUUUCUUUUUUACCACAAAAUUUUCCUCUCAGAUUUAACCAGUUCUGGUGCUGCAUCAACCAAAUUAAGUAAUAAACAGUGCUUCUUCAGAUUUGAACUUUUUGUUAUUGACUCAAUUAAUUUAGAGAUCUUGUUAUGCCUCAUGCCUUAUUUUCAGAUUUAAUGUGUUUCUUAUUGUACCAUGUACUUAAUACUCCUUGCAAAGUAAUUAUGUAAACGACGAGGCAUUAAAGCUGGCUGUUUUGGGCAAUUUUGAGCAAUGAAUCUUCCCUUUUUGUGGUAAUGCCACACUUAUUCAUUCCAUCAAAGCCUGAAAAUCUCUAGAUACACAGGUUAGAAUUUCAUGACUUCAUUAUUUCCCUCAUCUGAAUAGACAAUUGCACAUCUUUUACCAGAUAUUACUAACGAAGAUUUUUUCCAGCAGAUUCCAGCAACAAUCAAUUGCUAUUUGCGGCAAUAUCAGAGAGAUGGAGUCAGCUUCUUGUUUCAACACUACUCUGAAAAUACUGGCGCCAUUCUUGGAGAUGACAUGGGUUUGGGUAAAACGGUUCAGGUAAGAAGUUUAUCUUAAUUACCUCAAUUACCUUAUCACAUAAUGAAACCAGGUAGGUUUUUUAUUGCUGAACUAAUCCUAAUUCUCUGAGGUAACUUCUUGAGAAAAUUUCUUAUUUGAAUUUUGGAAAAUGAAAUCAUCAGCGUUACUAAAUUAGUGUUUAGCUACACUGUACUUGCCUUGGAGGAAAUAAAUGUGCCGUGUAUAUUCUCCUGAUUGUAUAAUUUAUGAAAUCAAAAGCAUAAAGUUGUAGUAAAACUUUGCUCACGAAACAAAGGUGAUUGCAGAUAGGUUUUGCAAGGAGAAGUACCAACUUGGUCGGUAAAAGCAUUGCUUUCCAUUUCCCCAAGAAUUAUAUAAAGUAACAUUGCAAUUCGCUCUUUUAUUCGAUUUGGCCGCACGCUUCCACCCACAGAAGUGGUAAACGUUUAGUUUGUCUUCACAAAGAAACGUAGUGGAUUUAGAAGGGAGAAUUGCAAACUGAUUGUGAGCUUAUUUGUUUUGCAGAUAGACGUAAGUUAAAGUCAAAUUUUGUGCUAGGAAAUUCUCACCCUUUUUUGAGAUUGUUGGAGUUCAAUAUUAUUCGUCCAAAAUCUUAGGAAUCUUAAUCUUAGCAUUAUUACUUACUCAGUAAUAUUGAAGACUCAAGUCUUUUUCAGUUUCCCUCUUAAAAUUUCGCAAAUUUUUUCCUAAAAUAUUUAUAAAAGCAAGAGAACAAGGUACCCGUUUAUUUUCCAGGCAUGUUUUAUAAAAGAAAAAAAACAAGCCUUGUUUAGUGUCCCGAUCGUAUGACUAAUAAUGGAUCAUUUCACUUAUGAUUUCCAGGUUAUUUCCUUCAUUUCUGCCAUUUUGGGUAAAACUGGAACCAAAGUUGAUAUAUUCCGCAAAUUCAUGGAUAGAAUGGCGCAUGAAAAACAGGUUAGUUUCAUAUAAUAGAGGGGAUAUGCAAAAACUGAUUCGAUCAAUCUGAGACUGAAGGGUGAAAAUCUAAACAAAUUCCCUUUGAUUUUCUUUACAAUGCUCUCCCUCAUUGGUUAAAAAACGCGCCUACUUUAUAUUUUACCGAUAGCAUUUGUUAAUGUUCCUCCGCUUACUGCCGAUUGCGUUAAAUUAAUUUGUGUUCAGAUCGGUUAGAUUCCUCAGUCUUUUCGCGCUUAACGCUGUAUUCUUGUCUUCCCAUUAGUUCUGAUUGCUUGAGUUUGGUGCCUUUGCUCUCAAUUGCCUUCUGCGUUCCAAAGGAUCCUUUUUGUCAACAAGACACAACCGAUGUGUUGUUUAAUCUCUUUAAAAUGUCCUUCUUGAAGUAAGAGUAAGCCAAGGGGUUGACAGCAGACCUUUAACACCAAGAUAGGGAUUAUGAAUUCGUGAUCAUUGCAUGAAUUUUGACCAGAAGCGAAACUAAAUAAUAUGAUGCAACGCAAAUAAAUUCCUUUGCAAAGAAGAAAUAUCCCUGCUAUUAUUCCCAUCAUUAAAGCAGCAGCUUUUUCCUGAGGUUUGAAAAAAAACCUGAUGGCUGAAGCGUAACUGUUUUGCUACUUUCAACUGCGAUCGGUAUCAUCCAAGAAAAGGAAAUCAUUUGAAUGAAGUGGCGAUUCUUCAUAAAACUCAAGUGUUUGAAAGGCUUCACGACAGCCAUGAGGCGAUCAAACAGCACAAAUUUAUUACGGAUGCGUUCGCAAAAAGGUUUCUCGCAAAAUUCAUCACAGAAUGUUCUGGGGUGCACCCAUCUAACUUUUAGCUGGUGAAUAGUGACUGCCAUUCCGACAGAAAUCAGCGACCGCAAGUGAAACAGUAUUGAAGAAAAGCCACAAACAACCAUUACAACGUUUCUAAUCACUGAAGUAUCAAUCUGGAUUUUAAACUUGAAGAUAUACAUCUUUUACCGACAUUAUAGACUUUAAAGGUUAUGACUUGCAGACCGAGUGCAACGAGGUCCGUACGUCAUGACCGAGAGCCAAAUAUUUCCAGUCCGGCCCUCCCACUCGGUCAGAAAGCAUUUUAUCAUAUGAUCAGUAAGUGUUGAAAAUUUCAAAAUUUUAUUCCAACCCUUAUAGGACGUACUUAUAUAAAAGAGAAGGGCACGCAUGUUUUUUCUACGGGAUUGCGCCCGCGGGGUCUUACGGGUCAUUUGAUGAUUGGUUUUAUUUGUUACAUAAACCUCGCACGAUGCUGUGGAUAUUCCUGAUCCAAGUUACGUGUUUGAAGUUUCUUCUCUGUAUUAACCUAAUCAAUGACCUAGUUCACCAGUGAGUUCUCUGUAGCUCAGUGUGUGUCGAAGGUCUGAGUUCGACGUGUCGAAAGAGAGAUUGUAAGGUUGAGUUUGCUGGUUACUUUCUUUAUCCCACAAAAGAGUUCAUAAUAUAACGUAUUUCUCGAUGGAUCUAUUCGCCUUUUUGCAAAAAAAAAAAAAAAAAAAUGCCAUGAUAUAUUUGGAUGUAUCCAGCUUAGUGACGUCUCUUGUAACUCUUUAUUUUAUCUUUUUUUGUUUCAAAUAGGAAAAAGUCAACCCAGAGACAGGUACCUUUCUGGUUGUAAGUCCAGGCUCCGUCAUGUUCAAUUGGAGGGAUGAGCUAGAAACAUGGGGUCAUUUUAAGACGGGUCUCUUUCAUGGUACCACUAGGGAGUCCACUUUAGAUAGGGCCUCUAGAGGGCGACUAGAUGUAGUUCUGACUACAUAUGAGACCAUGAGAAAUUACUUGGUGAGUUUAUGAAGCCUCUUCUCUUGAUAAUGAAGCCGAAACAUUUUAACUCCUGCGUUUGCAAUCCGUGUGAAUCUUCCCCAUCCUUUCAGAAACUAGUUUCAAUUUCGCGUAUUCUUACUGCUGUUGGGCUCGUUUAAUCGAGAGAGAUGUUUUAUAUGUUAUUCUGUUGUCUAGCAGUUUUCAAUAGCUCUUUCAUGAAACGCACGAAAUAACGUUAGGUUAUAUAUUUAGGAACUUACCAAGUUCUAAAGUGAAGUGGUCUCAAUUUGUUUAUUGAGGCGGAAUUGAAGUAAGAAUUCGGUUCGCAACAGUUGGAAUGUGAAAACCUAGUUCCGUAUCGGAAUGGAUGGAGAAGCAAUCUGAAUUUCCAAACCGACAAAAGCGUGGAAAGUAUAGUUAAGUUCUUUUUCCUUUCUCUUUAGACUGAUUUGAACCGACUCAAAUGGUUAGCUGUAAUCAUGGACGAAGUCCAUCGCCUCAAAGAUCCCAAGGCUCAAAUAACUGUGGCUGCUAAAGCUCUCAAUGUGAAAAGAAGGUAACCCCACCUAGGAAUUACCGUUACCUGAAAUCAUACAAAUAUCGAUAAUUCUGUCACACUUUGUCAAGGGACCUUCAUUGCAGGGUGGUAUUGUCUUAGUACUUUCUCAAAGUGGGUCACCUUUAUUGAUGAGAUCUUGGGACGCAAUGCCAAUUUGUUGAGCAUUAAAUUAUGCUCUAACAAUUUGAUUAUUUGCCGACAUUAUAGUUGAGAAAAAUUGUGUGAAAGGAUGUCGUACUGUGUCUUGCUGAACAAUUCGUUGUAGUUCAACAUUGUUUUGUAUAAUUGAUUUCCUGUACAUCAGAUAUGGCCUCACAGGGACCCCACUUCAGAAUAAACUGGAGGAGUUCUGGUGUGUGUUGGACUGGGCAAACCCAGGAAGUCUGGGAUCAGCCAAAAACUUCAAUCAGGAGUUUGGCAAACCCAUGCUGAAAGGACAGACUUUUGAAGCAACUAAAAGAGAACUGGCUGUGGGAAGAAAGAGUGAGUUCUUCAAGUUUACACCUCAUAUUGUUGGCGGUGGCAACUUAGCCCGAAAGUUUUGUGGAAAUCCACUUAUUUGGCGAAUUUGCGAUAUUCAGUAUUUUGCGGGGAAAAAAUCCGUUUUGCGAUAACCGAAAGUUCUGUAGGACACUAAGUUUUGUGAUAAUGUAGUCUAAUCGUAUGGAUAAGUGUAGUCCUGAGAAGGACUGUUGCCGGUAGUGAUGACAGACGUUUCGACAACCUGAACGAAAGUUAUCAUCAGAGUCACGUGAAUGGUUGUGGUUAGUCGAAUGUUCUAAAUCCAGUUCGUUUCAACUGAUUUGUAGGUUUUGCCGUGACGAUAUUGGGUGUAAGACAAAAGUGGCGUAAGUUGGUCGAGAUUGUUGUGUUGCGAUCGGUCGGUUAGGUGGUCCAACAGUCUUUCUGAGGAUUACACUUACUCGGACGAUCAGAUUGCACUAUCACAUGUAACCCCCAUGAAGUUCAAACCAUUUACUGUACACUAACUUUUGUAGUUUUGGGGAUAGCAGUAGAACAUUGAUGAGGAACUAAAAGCUGUGCAGUCAUCUCGUUUUCCUGGUUAAAUUAGCGUGCACUUUAGAAUCUAUCGAUGUAAGACACAUUUCACUGAAUUUUUCAAAGUCUCAAGGGGUAAUACGUUCUUCUUGAAACGAUGACGCAACAGCUGAAGCAAAGAGAAGCCUACCUUUAUCCCUUGCCUACUCCUUGGAGUGUUUUCAUGUCUUCUAAUACUUAUGCGGCUUAUUAUUUUUAUUUAUUAUUUUCUUCGGUAACCCAUAUUUACGGCUCAAGGACAAUCAUCAAGUCUUACUUGCUUGCUUGCAUCGACAGACUUUGUGCUGAUGGGCUUUUGAUAAAAGAAGACUCCAUAAAACCUAAAUCAAGUUCGUUCUUCGCAACUUGAGUGACUAAGUCGGUACAAGUGUUCAGUUAGUUUUCCGUGAUCUUCUCGUGUCGCCCGAUCUAACGAGAUCAAAAUUGACAAUCUUAUUUCCAACACUCCGACACGUUCUUUAUCGAAGGGUUUUUGAAGACGGGAUUAACCAUUAAGUAGCAAACAAAUAUUUCACAAGGAGGCCUCCUGUCGCUCAAAAUGAUUUUCAGGAAAAUAAAAAAUAAAAAAAAAUGACACGCAAAGACUAAGAUUAAAAUCAAUGGAAAAAAUCUUAAUUAAGGAACAAGGUAGGAAGAGGUUGGUGAGAGACUUUUUUUUACCUCUUGUUUAAAAUUAUUUUUGGCAUCAAUUUUCUUUGUUACAACCAAAAAGUCUCCCGAGGAGUUUCACCGCUGCCCUUUUCAAUCUUAUCUUGUACUUGUUAUAUUUUACCAAGGAUCAAAAGAUCUUCAAGAUAGAAUUGGAAGAUGGUUUCUUCGAAGAACGAAAGCGCUCAUUGCAGAUCAGUUACCUAAAAAGGGUAAGGUGCGGGAAAGAGUUUACCUAGGUCACGUUGCUGGUUGGGAAGUUGCUACGUUUACAAGAGUAAACAAUUUUGCAUUUUUGUCUGGAGGUAAGAGGCGCUGGCUCAUUGGUUAGCGUGCUGGACUCCGUUUUGAGAGAUCUGGCUCCUAGUAUAAAUGGGUAAUGGGGACGCUCAUAGAAACCUGCUAAAAUGCAGGAGUGACGUACGAUAACUAAGUAGUUUCGGCAUUUUGUAUCACUUAGCUCGUGUUCACACCCUAAAUUCAGUAUUUUUGUGAUGGUGGACAGUUCGCGCUAAACAGUGCUUGGAUAAACCUUUGCUUUUGCUUACAAGUUGUCUAAAAUGUUCCAAACGAUUUUGAUACUUCUGCUUUGGGCUAUACUAAACUUUUCAACCGUUUUUUUUUUCUUUUUUUUUUUCAAGACGAGGCAGUGGUGUUCUGCCCGCUAACGCCUUUCCAGGAAAAUGCUUACCAAACCCUUUUACAGAACCCGGAUGUUGAACUGAUCCGCAAGAAAAACUUUCCUUGUGAUUGCGGCAGUGGACAGGAUAGAGGCAAAUGUUGUUACACGGUAAAUUAAGUUGCUUAGUUUUGACAAAACUCUCAACUGAGUCGAAGCUAAUCGGUGAUUACAUUGAUUUCGCUUUGCUAUGCUGCUACUCUCUUUACUUUUGCCUUUUUGCCUCACGUAACUCGCACCAUUUUCUCAAUCAAUCGGACGGAAAACUUAAACUUUCACUAAAUAUCUUGUAAACUCGCGUGUUCCCAUGUUCAAGGCCGAUGGGAUGUGUUUUAAGUUCCAUUAAGCUUUCUUUAAUACCUGUUUACCACCAGCCUUUUUUAUUUUUUAGGGUCCGGAUUUCAAAAUAGCACCGAAACUUGAACUAAUUAUAAAGGCCUUUCGAUCGAUGAGUUUUUGCAGUUAUUAGCACCAACAGUAAGAAAAAAAGUUGGAAUCAAAAAAACUUUAAAAAAUUAAUUUCGUCAUUGUUGUCUUUUUUUUGUCUUUUUUUUUUUUGGCGAAAAGCUCAGCUCAGAGUUUGAGGACAUCAAGACCGCAACCAUGCGGUUCUUUCAGCUGCUGUUAAAAGUUGCAAAUCACCCCGCUUUGUUGGCCCCAACCGUCAGACAAUCACUCGACCAGCAAGAAAAGGUACAUUACUGUAGAUGAUGAGCAGAUAACUGAGUGGAAGGCAGAUGAACAUAGGGGGCAUGUUGCUAACUGAAGGUGGCAGCUAGAUAAGACUGCAGGUGGCAGCUAGAUAAGACUGCAGGUGGUAGCUAGAUAAGACUGCAGGUGGCAGCUAGAUAAGACUGCAGGUGGCAGCUAGAUAAGACUGCAGGUGGCAGCUAGAUAAGACUGCAGGUGGCAGCUAGAUAAGACUGCAGGUGGCAGCUAGAUAAGACUGCAGGUGACAAGUGGGUAACUGAACUGAUGGCAGGGUCUCAUAGCAGUUUUCAACCCUCACCUUGGACAAUUUUUCAAAAACCUUAUGUUAACAUGGAAACCAUCUAUCUUCUUGUGAUAUUUUUAGAGACGAUUCACUACCCUUUUUGGCUAGUACCGCUAAUGGCCUAACUUAGAAGUACCAUCAACAGGCCUUAUUUAUUCUAAAUAAGGCCUGAAAAAGUUCAGGCGUGUACGGGAUUUGAACCCAUGACCUCUGCGAUACCAGUGUACUACUCUACUAACUGAGCUAACAAGCCAACUGGGAGCUGGUCAUUAUGUUAGUCCGUAAUAAACCCUUGAAGUGUCGAAUCAUUGACUGUAAAUAUCUGAAAAUCAUAUAUGUGAACUGCGGUAACUGUGGUAACUACUAUAAUUGGCUUUGCAGUUGAUUUUUUUUUCAGAAGUUUUACGGAGGGAAGGGCUGUUUAAGGUGUUUAAAGUGAUCAAAUCGUCGAGGUGGUGGGAUUUUAGAGUGGUCCUCUCAUUCUCACAAUUAACUCAUACGAUUUGAGAGUUAAGGUUAUUUAAUCGUUUUGCUUGAUUUGCCUUCCGCAGGCCAAAGACCUUUGUUUGCGUGUAUUCGCAAGAUAUCCAGAAUUUUCCGGAUGCACAGAAAUAUCGUCGUUUGAACUUUUAUCAGACCCAAAGUACUGUGGAAAAAUGAAGGUACUUGAAAAAUUGAUGAAGGUUUUUCAAGAAGAACGCAGCAAACUACUUCUCUUCUCAAGAUCCACGCAGGUAGGUAGAGUAAGAACGCUGUUCAUGCCACUUAAGUGGAAUAAUUCGUUCGGAAUAUCGGAAAGCUAGUCAAGGUUAAUGGAUGGAUAUCAUAUAGUACAGCAAAUUAAUUUAGCUUCAACUCUCCUCUUGUCAAUUCAUCUUUUGGUUAUUUACAUUCAUCCGCUGAAAUAUGGGUAAAGAAAAUAAAAAACGGGCUUUUCUCAUCAAUGACGGACCAUACAAAGGCCCAUGUGCCUGUAGUUUCCUGAGCUUUUCCCCGUUUCUGCAAUUCAAAGCGACUGGUAAACCUAGAAGAUGCCAGUCCAGCAUGCAUCUGCCUCCCUCUGUACCGGUUUGCCAGUUUCCUGUUUUGCGUUUUCUCCUUGACUGAGAGAGGAAUUGUAAUAGUAAAAUAUUUUGUCCAAGAACACAACACCAUAGUGCUGAUCAGGAAAAAAAUGUAUGAGUUUGUUCCAGGUUCCGAAAGAACAUAAAAGCUGUAUAUCCAAAUGAUGUAUUUUCUAUAACAUUGUUUCAGCUGCUUAACAUCUUAGAGGAGUUUGUAAUCAGUAAAGGACUGGUGUACAGUCGUUUGGACGGAGGAACCAAGCCUGCAGACAGAACCCGUUUGGUACAUGAGUUUAACGUCGACCCAAAUAUCUUUUUGUGUCUUAUCUCGACUAAAGCGGGAGGACUGGGACUCAACUUCACCGGAGCUAAUAUUGUUAUAAUAUUUGACCCCAACUGGAAUCCGUCCAAUGACUUACAGGCACAGGACAGGUAUUUAGAUUUAUUUAGAUUUAGAGUAUGAUUAGCGUACAACUAGGAGUGGCCAAAAGCUUAAUAUACUUCUUUUUAAAACAGCCUCAGGACAAAGAAAAUUUUAUUACAGAACUAUUGGACUUUGGAACAAUUUAGAUCCCUUUUUAAAAUCAAGCCGUUCGGUUCAAGUUUUUAAACGCAUCUUAAAGAAUAAGCUUUUAGAUAAUUUUGUAAAUACUCCCUAAACUUCAUUUAUUUUAGUAUUUUUCUCGACUACAAAGUUUAGAUAAUGUUGUAAAUGUUUCUUAAAUUUAAUUAAUUUUAAUUGUGUAGUUAUUAGUCACUUUAGUAAUUUAAAUAAUUGUUCUUGAAAAGCCCCAUUGGGGAGGUAACAAUAAAGUAUGUAUGUAUUUGAUGGCAUGUUUGCUCUGGAGCAGUUUAGACUGGGCUGAAAGCAAAGUAAUCACGGCAGACAACCAUAGCACAUGAAAAGGGUGACAAGCAGUCAGUGAUAACUCCCAGCUAAAAUCAGCUGACAGCCUGAGGCGAACUAAAGAACAACUUUACUUUUGGAUUUGAUUUCGGCCUUGGGCAGUUUCUGAUCCAAGAGUUACUAUCGGACAGGUUUUUUGUGCUACUUGUGGCGUCUAUGAUUCCCAAGUGGUAGAAUUUGUCCUUUUUUUUUCGCAGGGCAUAUCGCAUUGGACAGCGAAGAGAUGUGAAGGUCUAUCGCUUAAUAUCUUUGGGGACAAUCGAAGAAAUGAUGUAUCUUCGACAAGUUUACAAGCAGGUUACUUUCCCUUAUAUGGCGUUUGUUGGUGGGUCCUUCCAAUUUUUUUCCUGCAGACAGGCAAAAAGCAUACUUGGUGAUACCCCCCUCAAGUAUAAAAAAAAUAAACUUAGUGAUAACUCUGGGUGGAGAAAGGGUUGUGAAGGUACAGUAUCUUGCUCAAGACCGCAACACAAUAGCUCGGCCCCAGCGCUAAUCACCAAGGUACAGGGUCUUUAAUUCGCAAGUCAGUACAAAUUAUAGUCUCCUUUCCUUUGAUGUAGCAAUUGGCCAGUAUGGCGGUAGGAGGAACAAACGAGAGGCGAUACUUUACAGGUGUUGAAGGUGACAAGGACAAGAAAGGCGAGCUGUUCGGACUCGAGAAUCUGUUCUCUUACCGUGCUGAAGGUGCCAGUUUGUCCAAAGAUAUCAUCAGAAGAACAGAGGAGCUAGAAGCUGGAUAUAAAGUUGCAAAAUAUGAGUUGACAAACUUCAAGGAAUGGGAAAAUGCCUUAGAGGGGGAGGUAACAGAAAGAAGUGGCGUUGAAUAUUUAGUCACUUUUUUGUUGAUGCCCUCCAUUCAUCCGAAACCGUCAAAAAUUAAAGCACGUCAAUCAGAGUGCUCCUCGAUUUGCGUCUAUUCGUUAUGAAGCAAAAUAUGUUUUCUUUUUUAGGACAAUAACAGCUCUGCAAACCUGAAACUUCACGACGAUCCUUAUAACAUUGAAGAACUCGCGUCACAAUUUGUUGAUGAUCAGCAAAGAACGUCAUCUCGAAUCACUUCAAAGAAACAAUAUUCUGAGAACCGUUUUAAAGGUAUGUCAUUGAAGAAUAAACUAAUUGAAGACCAUAGCGGUUUUGCUGAACACUACGGAGAUUCCUUUAAAAGAAUGGAAAGUAAGGGUAUUCAUGAUGAUGAGAAAGGCAUUCUUCACGAAUUUGACAACAGUCAAUUGUGUUCAAAUGACAAUGACGAUUUUCUUGAAACGAAAACUCAUAAGAACAAGUUUGUCUCCAAAAAUACGAAAGCUAAGAGCUCUCUGGAAAAAAUUGAAACGAGGAAGUGCGUAUCUGUUGAGCUGUUCCUCGGAUUAGAAGACGAUAACGGAGCAAAUAGCUCAUCGCAUAACUUCACGAAAGUCAAAGAAAAAGCAAGCGUUUCCUGCACGAGAAUUCCUGCUUCGAUCGAGGAAGAAAGUUCCGAUGUUAUCCAUCCUACUCCGAGUUGUAAACGUGGAUCUAAAUCGAUAAUAACCAAUACAAUCUGUGCGGGAGAUUCAAUCGACCAAGGAUCAUGUAGUAAAGAGAAGAAACAAAGUGAGAUGAGGAAUUCAUCCAGAACGUCUUCGUCAAGUGGAGAAGAUGACUCCAACGAAGGCUUGUUCUUCAAGCGUAAACGAAAACAAUCAGUACGAUUUUUCAGAAAGAGGAAGCAUGCAGAGAUGUCGGCGAAAGCUGUACUUAAAGAUGGUCAAGGGAAAUUUCGAAGGUGAGAGUUCAUGCAUCCGCCUGUUAGUUCAGGGAAUCCGAACCAAACCUAUUGUAUCGAAAUUGUUUCAGCUUGACCCGGCUUUACUUCAUUGAGUUUUCUUUAUCAAGUGCCAUCGAUCGUUCUGUCUUCAUUUGAAGUGAAUUUUGUCCUUGACCCAUUCAAUAUAGUUUUCAUUUUGAGGUGAAAUUGAUAGAUAACAUGACGGGCGUCUUAUUGAGCACCUGGGCAGUAUUCCCCUCAUACACUCCCCAAGCCAACCCCAUUUUUAAACCUUUUGAGGGAUUGAAAUGAGCUCUUAGGCAGUAUCCUUCUCAUACGCUCCCCACCCCACCCCCGUUUCCAAACCUUUUGAGGGAUUGAAAUGAGCGGGGCAGUAUCCCCCUUACACUCAACCCCUCCCCGUCCCCUUUCAAAAAAAUUUUAAAAGGCUGUAACUUUUUGGCAGCUUUUCGGCGCUAUUCAGUCGUCAUUGAGUUGUCUCUAGAGCCCCUAAAGCCAUGAUAAGUAAAGUAAUUUUGACUUUACUUUUUUUUUUCUUAUUGAUAAGAUAUACAGGACAGAAAAACUACAACAGCAGGGUCGACAACCAUCCUGUAAGAGAGGUAAAAAAAGCAAGGAAAGAAAACACGGUGGCAGAAAUUCUGGGUAAGUUGUACAGGAACAACAAGCAUUGUCAAAGACGCCGAAUCACAAUACCAGUAUGUUGUGUUUUUUUUGAACGACGUUCAAAACCACCAUCAACUGAGAGGGAACAAAAAAUAUUAGUUUGCAAAAUGGAAACACAUCACAGAGGUGAUAAACAGGAAUGGACGAGUGAACGAUGAAAAAAAUUAAUAAGGAUGGCAAAUAAGACAUUGAAUACAAAAAUUGUAGCCAAAUUCCUAAAGACUCACAAGACGUAAGGUAGCUCUACUAAGCGCCAUGACGUUAUUUAUCAGUUCUUCGUUUGUUUUACUUUUUGUUUUAAUUUGUUUAAAAUCAUGUGGAAUUUGUUUAGAAUCAUGUGGAGUGCAUUACACACACGCCAAUCGGCAUGUCGUCGGACCAAGUGAAGCAGAGAAUCACAUGUCAAAACAGGCACUACAAGAUGUGUUUGAGCUCAAGCAGUUUUCUCAGCAGCCAGCAAAUUGUUUUCCCGCCUGGGAGGUAUGCACCCGGAAUGUUUCUUUGCCCUAGAUCAGUUUGUAUGCCAUUUUAACAAUGUAAAUGGAUGAGAGAUGUCUUCAAUAUGAUUUUUAUUCCCAAGAGCACGUGGAUAUCUUUUCCGAUCAACGAAAAUUAGAGAAUAAAUUAAUUCCCCAAGCUUGUCGCUGGAUCCACGUUGAUCUGCGCGGGGGAUCUUACAGAGUUUCCCUAGCUUUGCACCCGUGUUUCCGCGCUUUUUGGUAAAAUCAGCAUUAUAAUUUUCUGAGUUUUUUUCCUUUUUAGAUAAAUUUAACUUGAGUGUAUUCGAGAAAAUAUUUUGCAGCAACAAAGCCAUUACUUUGAAUUCCUUUCAUAAUCUUGCAUCUUGUGAUGUAAAAAGCGUCUGGCCUAGCAUGUUCUAUAAGUCAACGUAUCAUUUUUCAUGAGAAAUUUUUUAAGGAUAACCUCGUAAGGUAUAAUGCGUUGCUCUGUAUCCUUGUUUCAAUCCCUUCAAAAUUUCGUCCCACAAUUUGAUCAUCAUUGUACUCAGGCCAGCGAUGAAAGUGAUGAUCUUGGUGAGGGCAGUCGCGACAAGCAACCAGAAGCCCUUUGGCGCGCACAACGACCGGAAAUGGAGACUAAUCAACCCAGUCAAUCAAUACCGCACAGGUAUAAUUUCGUGAGAGACUGUUAUAGAAAAAUGUUUAUUAUAAUUAUAAAUUUAUUAUAUCCAUUUAGAAAUCACUGGUGAUCCUUGCAAUGCGAUUGGCUCUCAACGGCGCAAUUUAUUUACGAAUCGCACCAUUUUUUGCUCUAAUUUGCAUCUUUUUCUAAAAAACAACAACCAACAACCAAUCAGAUUGGCUUGUUUAGAAUAAGCGAUCAAAUUUCAGGAAAAUGAAAGACAACUUUAGCAACUUGUUACAAACCAGCUCAAUAUUGGAUCAAUAAAAUAUUUGUACAUACUAAAGAAUCCUGCAUUUGAGCGACUGAAUUUUGCGAUUUCAAAAUGUAUGUAACAAUGUGAAAAGAGACCGUGUCAUGCAAUUUUGGUCUGAAAUAAUACUUGUGAUUUUAAAUCAAACCUGCGUUGCGUACUCUUCGAUUUUGAAAUCACGGAUUUCAGACCAAACUGCAGAUGAUAGAUGGAGUGAGUUCUUUGUUUAAGAGGAACAUGUUUUCUCGAGCUUGGUUUUCUUGUCACGGUCAUCAUUGUUGUGCUUGGUUACGAUAUCCACCCACUUCGCAACUUUCGAACUUUUUCGUGUUUUCUUCCUUGCAACUUUACACUUUCAGUCAACGUGAGAGAAACCUUGAAAUAUUUAUAUGGUGAGAUAAACAAGGACACGGAUUGCGAACGACAAAAUUUGACUAACUUCUGUUAGGCAUCCUAACGUUACAUAGAUUUAUCUUUCUCUAAAGUAUGAUUGUGCAAAGAAAGGUUAUUCUCUCUGUGGUAUCUUACGUCAAUUAUUUUUCUUUUCUUUUUUUUUCCCGCAAUAGUGAAAUGUUAAGGCCUCUGAUAAAAUCACUCGUCACAAUGAAGAAAGCGAGAAAAAUUUUCAAUCUUUCUUGUUUCAUUUUAGAUCAAAUCAAUCCGCGCGGGACAAUGACACCACGAUAAAGAGAAUUGGAAACAGCACUGUAUUUAUCGGCUCGACUCCUCGUGGAAUCCGUCGGCAACAUUUUCAGGAAAUGUCGAACGCGUUCGGAUUUGUCUCUGAAGUCGACCUUGCCAAAGCUGUCGUGGAUUGCAGUAACUGUGAAAGGCGUGAAAUGUUGAGGCGCUUUUACGUCCACAAGAAUCCAAAUUUAUCCGAUUUAUGGAACGUAACAAGAGACUUUUUUGCUGGACGCCAAAACCGAAAAAAGGCCGUUAAGGAUGGCGAAUGGUCUGUCGCGAAGAUGCGGAAAAGGUUGAUUCGGGAAACGUCCAAAAGAUCGAAUGGAAAGUCAAAGCCCCUGCAAACACAUUUUCAUGGUAAGGACGGGUGUUCUAAGGAUAAUCUCGAGAGAAGAAUUCACCAUCACUCUGGGGGGGAAACUUCCCGAAGUAAAAAGCCAAAGCUUGCUAUGGCGUUGAGUGGGAAUGAAAAGGUCCCGGAUGAUAGUCGUCUUGAAGACUUUGUAGGGAACAAAGAAAGAACUCAUCAUGUUGAUCGGAGAAACAGAGAUGUGCCUCCUGCAGAGGCAGGUCAUUCUGUUGGACUUGUGCAUGUACCAUCGAUAGCAACAGCUCCUGAUGAAAAUUAUGUGGCAGAGAACCAAGAUUCUAGUUUUGAGAAUGACAAUCCUCUCGUUGCAGUUUCCAUUUUGGAUCAAUUUCUGAUGCACAACUCUUCCAGCUUUGACACAAAACGAAAAGAGGAUAAUAACAGAGGAUUAGAUAAGUGUGAGCCAUUAAGUUCUAAAAGAAAGGAAGACAAACAACUGGACAAUACUGAACGAAAAGAGCCAACUGCAUGUAGAACGAAGGCAAAUAGCACAUCACUACUAGAUGAGUUCAUUUAGGAAAUGCUCAAAGUAGAAUUUUACACCAGAUUUGAUGAUUUGAUAAACGACUAAUAGGUUUCGAUCAAGGGUUUUUCGAGUUUUAGAGGUUUUUUUGAGAGGCCAAGGUGGAACUGGCUGUGAAUAUUUUUUACGGAAACGAUACGAUUUUAUGGUUUGACCCAUUGUGCCAAUGGUUUUUUAAGCAUACACUAAAGACAAUUUUUAAAAAACAUUCCUGCAACCCCCCAAAAUUUAGAGCACACGGGCAGAAGUUAUUCGGCCCCCUAUAAGUCAGUUUGAAAAUAGUUCCUGUGGCCUGAUUGGAACUCUUGUCUUUGAUGACUUUCGUUGUAUCCGUUGCAUACACGCCAUUAUCACAAGCUGCAAUUUUCUUAAUCUGGGCCCAGUUGUUCAAAGGCCGAUUACCGCUAACCCAUGGUUAAAUUGUAUUCCGGGUUUCUUUAUUUCCCUAUACAAGAGCUCUUUUCAGAUACUUUUGUCUAUUCUCUGUAGAGCAUCCUAUAAUAAAAUUGUAGGCAAAAAGAACUAGACUGAAUUAUCUUGCACAGCUUUCAGAUCUGAAAUCAAAUUUUAUACCAACCCUGGGUAAUCUUGACCCAGCUUUGAACAACCCGGCCCGGCCCGUUUUUUGAAUGUAUUACUUGUUUAAUAACUACAAUGACUAACUAACUGUUAACUGUUAACUAUGUUAACCGACGUAUUUUUUUAUUACUGGCAAUACUCCAUAUCAGCGAAUCAACAUCACAUCUGUAAACUGUUCUCUUUGGAUAUCAAUCACAACUUCCCCUCGAUUAAUCACUUCGAUAACAACCUCAAUUGCUUUCUUUGAGGCUUGAGAGUUACACUAACCAUCUCCGACACGAAAUCGAGCUCUCUUGGAAACAAAAUUUUGACUUUCAACGUUGAAUAAGAUUUAAAACCAUUUUUCGGGCGAGAACCGCUGCGUCGUUAGAUAAGACAAUCACGGCGUCGGGGAAGAGAGAAGAAUUUUUUUUCUUUGUUGCCACACGCAGACUUCAUCUACAAACAGACUUACGUCAUUUUAACUUGCACAGUUUUUAUUUCACUAUUUUGAUUAAAACCUGUCUGCACGGUAAUUUUUUCCACUCUUGCGGCUUUCCUAUCUAGCUAAUUCGUACUCAUUACAAAUUUCAUGAUUUAAAAUGUUUGUAUGCUGUCCUGUGUAGCCAAAACAUUUUACGAUAAAAUCGGCAUAAGGAUUUGAUUUCAUCCAUCUGAUUUUUAUCAACAUUUUUGUCUAUAUGAUUAAAAUUAAAAAUCGUUUUAGUUCCUUUUAUAUAUACAUAGAUAUAUAUAUAUAUGUUUCAAUUAUUUUAACCAAUCAGUCAAAAAUUCUAAUUUUAUAAAUUCAUUGUCAAAAUUGAUGAAUAAGUUCCUCCGUCUAGACUUUGGUAAGCCGACAACGUGAGACGUAGAUAUAUCAAUCGAACGACCCCGUGUAUCUUCAAAAUUAAUAAUUCUAGAACGGUUUGUAAUAUUUUGAUUUGUUACCUUGAGAUUUAAAGUAGCUGCGGAUACCUUGAGGCCAUCUUAUGAAUACGUGUUUCUUGAAUAAUCAAUUCACUUACAUUCUUUAAACCGAAAUGUGAUGCAUCCGAAGUUACUGUACUGGCAUGAGGUAAGUUUCUAAGUUUAACGGUUUUUUCAUUAUUAUGCUCAAGAUUGCUUUCAUAUUAGUAUUUGUUACGAUUUGUAAAAGAGUUAUUUAAUAUUAUUUAAUAUUAUUUAAUCUAUUCAUACCAUCAUCAUGUAUCUUUUAGACACAGGAUUUUUAUUGUUGACAGGAUCAAUUACAUUCAUUUUAAC